AUGGAAUCGUCGCUGCCUGAACAGCUGUUCCUUGAUUUUCGUGUCUCUGACGUCCUUGAUAAAACCAUAAGACUACCAAGAGUCGAGCCAUGGGCAUCUCAGUACUGCACGGCUAUCUCAGAAAAGCGCUAUGGUGAUGCGAUCUAUGCUCGAUAUCAUAUGGAUGGACAAAGCAAAGAUGGCGUUCACAUCGAUCUGUGUGGUUGUGGGAAAGGAAAACCACACAAAACCCUUGUAUUCGACAUAAUUAUGGAAGACGCCCGAGAUUAUGCGCAAGGGUCCCCUGAUCUCUAUCGCGACGCACUGCUAUUCUACAGCACUACAAGCCCAAAUGACAACCGACGGGAUAUAAUUCAGGAACUCUUCAAGAUUGGAGAUUGGAUGAACAUUCGGAUCACGUCGCUCGAUGCUAGCUGCCCUCAAGCGGCCGUCCUAUGA